CAAAGCCAAACGAAAUUAACUCCAACUCAAACUCUAACAUCUCAGCCUAAAACCCUCGACCUACGCCUAUAAAUAAUAGCCUAGGACUUGUGUUUUCUUCAUCCCGAAACCUGCAACUUAUAUAUACAUAUACGUAUAUAUAUAUAUCAGAAUUUUCGACCCUUCGUUUUAGCCAGAACCAAACCCUGAAAACACUUUAGAAACCUUCCCCUUCGUAAGACGAAUCCAACGGAGAAAGAAUCGUAGAAAACGGUCGUGAAACGAGAGAGAUAUCACUCGCCGGAGUUGCAAGUUGUGGAAGCGGGUCUUUAUAAAAAGCAGAUAUUUUGACGUAGAUAGGGGUGGAGAAGCUUCGUCUCGCCGCAAGGAUCAUUUUGCAACUUGAAUCGUCGAAAUCCGUUAUCUGUGAUUAUCUAGAGACCGGAUUAGAGGAGGAUAACUAGGAGCAUCAGGACUUAAGGUAAGUUUCUCUGCCAAUCCAAAAUUGUUUUCUCGUAUUAUAUGCUUAUUAUGCAUUAUGUGAUUAAGUGUGAAUUUUGAAUGUGUACUAUUUGGGGUGACUAAGAAUUUGAGAAAUAUUGAGGGUAUAUUGGAUUUAAUCCCUAGUAUGACUUUGGAGUGAAUUUUUAUGUAAAAGAAUUUUGGAGUAUUUAUGAAUGUGAAUUUUUGGUGGACGUAUCUAUUAAAUAGAUAUUCUGUAAGACUAUAUAUAGAGAGAUGAUUUUCCAAGGAAUAAUGUUUUUCAAUAAUUAUUGACAUCUCGAGAGAAACACGAGGUGUGGGUGGUUAGAGCUAUAUACCGCGGGUUUAGUUUAGGUUUAUGAUGAUUAUUGGUGGCGGGAGAAAUCCCGGUAAAUAUUGGUGGCGGGAGAUUCCCGGUAUUUCUUUUGAGAACUUUAAAAGUUCUUUGGUGGCCGCGGUAGUAGUUUCUAAUUACCCGGGUUUCUAACCCAUUGUGAGGUAGGGGGACGUUGUCCGAACUACUUGGACUUCUUACUACUCGGAAGGCUUGGAAUCCCUUUUAGGGGGUGUGCACACUUAAGGGUGAAGUUCAGUUUCCAAUUGGUGGUCGGUGGGAGCCGGAAUUCCGGGAUGAGUCGUACGCAACAACGAUUCAUUGGGCUCGAGGAAUCUUGAGUUUCGCCCAUCUUAAAAGAAUCUGAAAGUGACAUUGAUUUCGGAAUGGUGAUAUUUUUAGCUACAAAAGUUAUUUUUGAAAAGUGAUACUUCUUUUGAGAUAUUAAUUAAUUGUUGGGAGCUUAUAAAUAUUAUUUUUUAAUUAUACGGGUAUUUGAGAUUAUAAAGUUGAUAAAUGAUGUUUUUGAUUAGAAAAGAAUUUCGGUGGUGUGAGUAUUUUUAUAUAGUAUUAUAUGAAAAAUCUAUUUUUGCCAAACCUGAUUAUUUUACGGGGUUGGGUAGUACUUACUUAGCUCUAAAGCUAAUUUUUGUUUCCUUUUCUUUGUUUCGUUUUCUGCACUUUAUUUGUGCAGGUAAUGAUGAAUACGAAGCUCAUGAUGUUUGAUGAACCUGGAGAGCGCUUUAGAAGAAUUUAGUGUAGUCUUCACUUAGAUUAAAUAAUGCUAGUAGAUUUUGAAUUCAAGUUUUUAAUUCGGUUGAACUCAUGGUGGAUAGCCUUAACAUCCAGCCAAGUUGAGGGCUGGGUGUGGCGGUAACACACCCUUUUUCCAUUACUGUUUUUGCACUAGUAUCUAUUUCUGUAAGAUUUAUUAAUAUAUUUAUAUAUUAAUUAGUAUUAGUAAUAAUAAUAACAUAAUAUAAAUUAUUUAUAUUUCCGCUGCAAAACUCUAUCUAUUUUUAAAGAAUAAAUCAAGAUUGUUAUCAAUAUAUUAUUAUUUCAAGUAUUAUUUUGGACGGGAAAAAUGGGGGUGUUACAAGCCACUCCUACAUUGUGGGCUUUCUUUCCCUCUGCCGAAGCCGGGGGGUCCCACCCACCUUGGACCAAUUCUUCCUUUCUUUCAACCUAUGAUGGGGUGGGCAAUCGAACGCAGGAGGCUUCGCCAACUUGACCCAGCUCUCGGAGUUCAGGCUAUUCGAUGACGUCCCUUCUUCCCAUCAAGGGUGGAAAGAUAGGUUCUGCUAUAUCCGCAUGGCGGAGAAUCCCUUCCCGGCACUUCUUCGUGAUAACUUCCGGAGGCACCCGAAGGUGGAAAGUGCUUCUCUCGAGAAGAAUGGGAAAGAACUUGCCAAGAAGCCGGAGGGUUCUGAAAAGCAUAUGACAAUCAAAGAGGUCACCCUCCCGGAUAAACUGUUCGAUCUGAGCUUCAGCCGAUAUAGGCUGGUGGGGGAGGAAGAUGAGAAAUACACCCUCAUAGAUUGAGUUUAUGAGAGUGCCGGAGGUGAUUCUCGAAGGCUCCCGUGUUUUGUACCUAGAUAUUUUUUGCAUAGUCUUUUCUUUGUUGUUGCCUUGACCCCUCGAUCUAACCCAUUACUCGUUUUGCAGGUGCUAGUAUGGACGUGGCAUCCUUUGCUGCGAUGAAAAGGCAUCUGGGCAAGGCCCAAACCCAGAAGAAGAAAGGGUCGGGGGGGGGGGGGGGGGGGCAAAAACCGGUGGAAGCCUUCUACAAGAAGGGCGGCGAGGAGCCUUCCACCGCUGUUGCUGAUGCUGGAGAGGUCGGGGGAUCUCAAGCCGUUGUGGCUUCAAAGAAGAAGAAGGCUGGAAAGGCAGUUGAGUCUUCGGCCAAAAGGCAGAAAGCGGCUGACUCCGACAAGCAACCUGCCACCAAUGACGUGGUCAUCUUGGACGCUCCCGCCGGUCAAACCCCCAUCGCUCAGGAAGUGGUUAAUGAGGCCUUCUUCAGGCGGGAGAAGCUGGAGGCAAUUAUGCCGAAGGGCAGCUCUGUCCUGGAAGCUACCCUAUGUCCCUCGACGUUCUUGAGCCAGGUGUUGCCCUCGGGAGAUAGGAUGGCGCUCUCCCGGUUGGAUGACAGUGCCCUCAAAUCCAAGAUUCUUCUGAGUAGCGCCUCCGUGAGUCAUUCUUCCUUCUCUUGUUCCCUUGCCUUCGUUAUUGCGUAAAGUAUGUAACGUGUUUAACCCUUGUGUCUUUGUUGUUGCGGAGCUAUAUGGGCCUCUGCGAGUACCUCCUGAGGGUGGAGCAGCUGAAGAAGGACAAGGUUGUUGCUGAUGGGGAGAAUGCCAGCCUCCAGAAGAAGCUGGCUGACCUUGAGCCGACCCUUCGGGAGGCUACGGAGGGGGUGCAACAAAGGGUGGAGGCCGCUAGGGCCGAGGGCAUAGCUGAAGUCGGGGAAGCUGCUGCUGAGGCCGCAAAAGUUGCUGCGGAGGCUGCCGAGCAGGCGAAGAGAGAGGCAGUGGCUGAUGCUAGGAAGACCGUUGUUGAUGCCUUUGUGGCUGAGGGCUGGAUGGCCGAGGAGAAGAAAGAGUGGCUCUCCUCGGUGGUGGAGAAAAGUGUGGACGCCUGGGUGGAAGGCCCCGGUAAGAUGUGGAUGGCCAUGAAAGGCAAUUCAUAUUACCAAGGGGGUGAGUUCUUCACCCAGUGCCUGAUAUACUGGAGGCUGGCUUGGCAUUUUAACAUCCCCCCCAGAAGCAUUCGAUCCAGAAGCCUACGGCCUCCCCUCUCGGCAACCAGAUGUUAGAGUCCCCCUCCCCUGGUGAAGAGAGGCCGACGAUCGAGGACUCCGAACUGAUGCGCGAGUACGCUCAGGGUGAUGAUGAUGAGGAAGUCGAGGAGGAUUUGACUUCGAAGGCUGCUACCGAGGGCGUCGAUGUGUGAUUUUGUACUUGGUUGUAUUUUUCUCUGAACAAUAAUUUGUAACAAAACUUCUCAGCUUCCGGCUACGACCAUUUGUGUUAACAAUAUAAAGUUUUGCCCCUGAAUGCUUUGUAAUGACUGUUUCUGAUGUCUGAUCUUGAUCUUGGAUAUACAUGAAUGCCUC